AUGGCGCGAAAGCAGGGUCUGCACGGCGACGAGAUCGACUUCGAAAACACGUGGGCGACAAUCGAAGCUGCCUUCCGCGAGAUCCACACCAAGAACGCUUCGAAGCUAUCAUAUGAGGAGCUCUACCGCCACGCCUACCGCAUCGUUUUGAAAAAGAAGGGUGAAGAUCUGUACCGGAAUGUCCACGAAUUUGAGCGCAAAUGGCUGAGCAGUGAAGUUCGCGCGGCCAUUCAGCAGUUGCUCUCACCAAACCUCCUCGUGGAUGUGCAGAGUCUGGGCGGUACCACUGCGAACGAGCGACGAGUUGCGGGCGAGAAAUUCCUCAAGGGCUUGAAACAGGCAUGGGGUGACCACCAGGUCUGUAUGAGCAUGUUGGCAGAUGUGCUCAUGUACAUGGACAGAGUGUAUUGCGCAGACCACCGCCGACCGUCGAUUUUCAAUGCCGCUAUGGUCCUCUUCCGAGACGAGAUACUGCGAUCACUUGUCUCCGAACACGAUGCGCGGCUCCUCCUCGACCUACUGAAUCACGUCAUCCUCGACCAAAUUCAAAUGGAGCGCGAUGGCGAUGUCAUCGAUAAGCACCUCAUCAAGUCAUGUGUUUGGAUGCUGGAGGGGCUUCACGAAGAGGAGACCGAGUCAGAAGAGCAACGUCUGUACAACGUCUCGUUCGAGCGGGAGUAUCUGGAUACUAGCAGGGAAUUUUACAAGAGCGAGUCAGAGCUGCUGUUGCGCGACUCUGAUGCCGGUGCAUACUGCAGGUACGCUCGAAGGAGAAUCUACGAGGAGGAUGAGCGAUGCAAGCAGACGCUUCUGGAGAGCACAGGAUCGAAGAUUCAAAAGGUCGUUGAGGAUGAGCUGAUCAAGAACCGCAUCCACGAGCUCGUGGAGAUGGAGAGCGGAGUACGGUUCAUGAUUGAGAACGACCGAAUGGAGGAGCUGAAUCUCGUAUACGAUCUGAACAGGCGGGUGGACGAGAAGAAAUUGGAGCUCACGCGAGCAAUCCAGAAGCGCAUCGUCGGUAUGGGUACAGACGUCAACAACGACGCCAUUGCCGCAUCACAAGCGACUCCUGCGCCUGUACCCGCAGCGGCAGCCGACCCAGCGGACAAGAAUAAGAAGGUUACACAGGAGAAGGCCAUCAACCAGCAGACAGUCGCCGCUAUCAAGUGGGUGGAGGAUGUGCUCACGCUGAAGGACAAGUUUGACCGUAUCUGGCGCGACUCAUUUGAAGCAGACGCCCUCUUACAGCAGGCGGUGACCAGGAGCUUUGCCGAAUUCAUCAACUCGCCAACAUUCCCACGCUCCUCCGAGUACAUUUCGCUCUUCAUCGACGAGAACAUGAAGAAAGGCAUCAAGGGCAAGACAGAGAUGGAGAUUGACGCCGUCCUGGAGAAGGCCAUCAUUCUGCUGCGAUAUGUCCAAGAUAAGGACUUGUUCGAACGCUACUACAAAAAGCAUCUCUGCAGGCGCUUGUUGAUGAACAAGUCAAUCAGCAACGAGGUCGAGAAGCAGAUGAUCUCAAAGAUGAAGAUCGAGCUUGGAAACAACUUCACACUAAAGUUGGAAGCAAUGUUCAAGGACAUGACCAUCUCCGAGGAACUCACCGCAGGCUUCAAGAAACAUGUUGAGGGUCUCGGCGAGAAGGAUCCGAAGCGCAUCGACCUAAAUAUCAAUGUGCUUACCAGCAUGACGUGGUCACUCGAAACCAUUGGCGGCUCCGUCGAGGAUGGCGAAGGACGGCCACGGUGCAACUUUCCUACUGCUGUGGAGAAGGUGAAGCGUGGUUUCGAGAAGUACUACAAUGAAAAGCACUCUGGACGACAGCUUACCUGGCUUGCCAACAUGGGAUCAGCGGACAUUCGAGCUAGCUUUAAGAAAGUGCAGCAGAAGGAUGGUUCGUUCAAGGAGCGUCGCCACGAACUCAACGUACCUACUUACGGCAUGGUCAUUCUGCUCUUGUUCAACGACUUGCCUGCCAAUCAACAUAUGACCUUCGAGGAGAUCCAGGCGCAGACGAACAUUCCAGCGCCUGAUCUUAUCCGGAAUCUACAGUCGCUGGCUGUUGCACCAAAGACACGUAUUUUAACCAAGGAGCCCAUGUCCAAGGACGUCAAGCCUACUGAUAAGUUCUUCUUCAAUGAGGGCUUCAACGGCAAAUUCGUCAAGAUCAAGGUCGGAGUGAUCAGCAGCGGCAACAAGGUCGAGAGCGACCGAGAACGACGAGAGACCGAGAAAAAGAAUGACGAUUCGCGACAGUUCUGUAUCGAGGCUGCUGUUGUUCGAAUCAUGAAGCAACGCAAAGAGCUUUCACAUCAGCAGCUUAUUCUCGAGACUCUCAGCCAGCUGGCUAGUCAGUUCAAGCCCGAAGUCAAUAUGGUGAAGAAACGUAUAGAGUCGCUCAUCGAGCGGGAGUACCUUGAGCGCAUUGAUGGAGCAAAGGUAGACUCAUAUCGAUAUCUUGCAUAG